UCGGGGCGGCUCCGCCUCGCCUGCAGACAAAGAGGCCGCCGGCGCCCUCCGCCCGGGAGCUUUGCUUCGGAGGGAAGCGGCCCGGCUGAGCAGGGUUCCUGAAUGGUUCUGCUAGUGUUCGUGGCCUUGGUGCUUGGGCUGUGGCUGGUUUGGACCAAGAUGGCCAAAAGCCCUCCGCUUGGUUUGAAAAAACUGAAGCUUGAGCAGCCUGUCCCGGAGCAGCUGACCACUCCAGAAGUCCAGCAGCUGCCUUCCAGCAGGUUCCUUCCACAGUUCCCGGGGGAUGAGGCAGAAGCCGUAUCCUCAGAGCCCAGCCAGGCCCCUGCAAGCCCAUCGAGCCAGCCCCUUCCCUGCACCCAGAUACCCACAGAUCCCUCCUGCCAACGCAAGCCCCCCAUCCCCCGCUCUUCCUCGGACUGUCUGCUGUCUCCGGCCGCUGAUUCCGCCAGGCCUUUGAGCCGGUUUGCCCGAGUGUCCUCAACGCAGCUCUUGAAGCAAAUGCACUCCCUGUCCUUUGAAGAGCAGGCCGACAGCCCUGCCCGGAGGAAGCAGCAAGCCAUGGCCAAGUUUGUCUUGGGCUCCUUUGAAGACAAUUCUUCGGACGAGGAGCUUGUAGCCGGAGGAGCCUUUCCGAGGAGCAGGAGGAGACGGAGCAGCCUGGCCCAUCUCGGUUCUUCCUCCUCCGUGAACUCGGAAGCGAGCCUUAUCAUGAGGCCCAGCAUGUCAGGGAUGUACCUGGUGAAGAAAGGACGGGAGCAGAAGAAACUGGACCUCCACAGGGACUUCACGGUGGCGUCACCUGCUGAAUUUGUGACUCGUUUUGGAGGAAACCAUGUGAUUGAAAAGGUCCUGAUCGCCAACAACGGCAUUGCGGCUGUGAAGUGCAUGCGGUCCAUCCGCAGGUGGGCGUACGAGAUGUUCCGGAAUGAGCGGGCCAUCCGGUUUGUGGUGAUGGUGACACCUGAGGACCUGAAAGCCAAUGCAGAAUACAUCAAAAUGGCAGACCACUACGUGCCCGUCUCUGGAGGAACCAAUAACAACAACUAUGCCAAUGUAGAACUGAUCGUGGAUAUCUCAAAAAGAAUUCCCGUGCAGGCUGUCUGGGCUGGUUGGGGGCAUGCCUCUGAAAACCCCAAACUUCCAGAGUUGCUGCAGAAACAUGGGAUUGCUUUCCUAGGCCCACCCACUGAAGCCAUGUGGGCCUUGGGGGACAAAGUGGCUUCCACCAUCGUGGCCCAGACCAUCCACAUUCCAACCUUGCCGUGGAGUGGCAGUGACUUAGUUGCUGAAUGGAUCCAGGAGGAGAAGCAGCAGGUGGGGACGCUCACUGUUCCCUUGGAAACCUAUCAGCGGGGCUGCGUGCGGGACGUGGAAGAAGGCUUAGAGGCAGCCAAGAGAAUCGGCUACCCGGUGAUGGUCAAGGCCUCCGAAGGGGGAGGCGGCAAAGGGAUUCGAAUCGUGGAAGGGGUGGAGGAGUUCCCUGCCCGCUUCAGACAGGUGCAGAGCGAGGUCCCUGGGUCACCCAUCUUCGUGAUGAAGUUCUUGCAGCACGCCCGCCAUCUUGAAGUCCAAGUCUUGGCUGACCAGUAUGGGAACGCCAUUUCCUUGUUCAGCCGGGACUGCUCCAUCCAGCGGAGGCACCAGAAGAUCAUCGAGGAAGCCCCGGCCACUGUGGCUCCUCCGGCUGUCUUUGAGUACAUGGAGAAGUGCGCUGUGCGCCUUGCCAAAAUGGUGGGCUAUGUCAGUGCCGGGACGGUGGAGUACCUCUAUAGUGAAGGAGGGAGCUUCCACUUCCUUGAGCUGAAUCCCCGCCUGCAGGUGGAACAUCCUUGCACAGAAAUGAUUGCUGACGUCAAUUUACCGGCUGCUCAGCUCCAGAUUGCCAUGGGGGUCCCGUUGCACAGAAUAAAGGACAUCCGAGCUCUCUAUGGAGAGUCCCCAUGGGGGGACCAUCCCAUCGCUUUUGAGGGCCCCAGCAAUGCUCCCGUCCCUAGGGGCCACGUCAUAGCAGCACGAAUCACCAGUGAAAAUCCUGAUGAAGGUUUCAAGCCCAGCUCUGGCACAGUGCAAGAACUGAAUUUCCGGAGCAAUAAGAAUGUCUGGGGAUACUUCAGUGUGGCAGCCGCGGGUGGCUUGCACGAAUUUGCCGAUUCGCAGUUUGGACACUGUUUCUCCUGGGGAGAGAACCGCGAGGAGGCCAUCUCAAAUUUGGUGGUCGCCUUAAAGGAGCUGUCCAUCCGUGGGGACUUCCGGACGACGGUUGAAUACCUGAUUAAGUUGUUGGAGACCGAGAGUUUCCAGACGAACGAGACAGACACCAGCUGGCUCGAUCAUCUGAUCGCUGAAAAAGUGCAGGCAGAGAAACCGGACACGAUAUUGGCUGUGGUCUGUGGUGCCCUUAACGUGGCAGAUGGGACCUUUAGGACCUGCAUGGACGAUUUUCUGCAUUUGCUGGAGAGGGGCCAAGUUCUGCCAGCAGCCUCCCUCCUGAAUAUUGUUGAUGUGGAACUAAUUUACGAAGACACCAAAUAUGUGCUUAAGGUCGCCCGUCAGUCCCUGACCACCUACGUCAUCCUAAUGAACGGCACCCACAUUGAGAUCGAUGUGCACCGGCUGAACGACGGGGGGCUCCUCCUGUCUUACAACGGCAACAGUUACAUCACCUAUAUGAAAGAAGAAACCGACCGAUACCGCAUCACAAUCGGCAACAAAAGCUGUGAUUUUGAGAAAGAGAAAGAUCAAUCCUUGCUCCGGGCCCCCUCUGCAGGGAAGCUGCUGCAGUAUACAGUGGAGGACGGGGGUCACAUCUAUGGGGGUCACAGCUAUGCAGAAAUGGAGGUGAUGAAGAUGGUGGUAUCCCUGACAGUGGAAGAGUCGGGCAUCAUCCGCUACGUGAGACGGCCGGGCACGUUGUUAGAGGCGGGCUGCGUGGUAGCUCGGCUUGAGCUAGACGACCCCACCAAAGUUCACCUGGCCCAGUUGUACAUGGGGGGGCUCUCCCCUCAACCGCCCCUGCCCAUCCUUGGCGAGAAGCUGCACCAGGUCUUCCACAACGUGCUGGAGAACUUGCAGAAUGUCAUGAACGGGUAUUGCUUGCCAGAGCCUUAUUUCUCUGCCAAGAUCAAAGAAUGGGUGGAUAAACUGAUGAGGACCCUCCGGGAUCCUUCCCUUCCCCUGCUGGAGCUGCAGGAGAUCAUGACGAGCACGCAGGGCCGGAUUCCAAUCUCUGUGGAGAAGUCCAUCCGGAAAGUGAUGGCCCAGUACGCCAGCAACGUCACCUCCGUGCUCUGCCAGUUCCCCAGCCAGCAGAUUGCCAGUAUUUUGGACAGCCACGCAGCCACCCUGCAACGCAAAGCUGACCGGGAAGUCUUCUUCAUGAACACCCAGAGUAUUGUGCAGUUGGUUCAGAGGUAUCGCAGUGGCAUCCGAGGCCACAUGAAAUCGGUGGUGCUGGAUCUGCUGAGGCGGUACUUGCAGGUGGAGACCCAGUUCCAGCAAGCUCAUUACGACAAAUGUGUGAUCAUCCUGAGGGAGCAGCACAUGCCCAACAUGACCCCCGUCCUGGAAUGCAUUUUCUCCCACGCCCAGGUGGCCAAGAAGAACCUCCUGGUGACCAUGUUGAUUGACCAGCUUUGUGGCCGAGACCCGACCUUGACCGAUGAGCUGAUGGCCAUCCUGAACGAGCUCACCCAGCUCAGCAAAACGGAGCAUGCCAAAGUGGCCUUACGGGCUCGCCAGGUGCUGAUUGCCUCCCACUUGCCGUCCUACGAACUGCGGCACAACCAGGUGGAGUCCAUCUUUCUCUCUGCCAUCGACAUGUAUGGGCACCAGUUCUGUCCUGAAAACCUAAAGAAACUCAUUCUUUCGGAAACCACCAUCUUCGAUGUCUUGCCCACCUUCUUCUAUCACGCCAACCAGGUGGUACGCAUGGCGGCCCUGGAGGUAUAUGUGAGGAGGGCCUACAUUGCCUACGAGCUGAACAGCCUGCAGCACCGCCAGUUGCUGGACGGCACCUGCGUGGUUGAGUUCCAGUUCAUGCUGCCUUCCUCACACCCAAACAGAAUGUCCGUGCCAGUCAGCAUCUCCAACCCAGAUUUGGUCCGGCACAGCACGGAGCUUUUCAUGGACAGCGGCUUUUCCCCUCUCUGCCAGAGAAUGGGAGCCAUGGUGGCCUUUGACAGAUUUGACGAUUUCACCCGGUAGCCUCUCUUCCGUUUGCCUGCUUGGAAUUUCGAUGAAGUUAUUUCCUGCUUUGCUGAGCAGGAGAGCCCCCUCUUCAGCGAAGUCAGGUCUACCUUUUACGAUGAAGACGACAACAAAAAUGUCCGGGAGGAGCCCAUCCACAUCUUGAACGUGGCCAUCCGGUGGGCAGAUCACCAGGAGGAUGAAGAGUUGGUGCCGAUCUUCAGGGCCUUCGCUCAAUCCAAGAAUAAUAUCCUUGUUGACUAUGGGCUGCGAAGAAUCACGUUUUUGAUAACCCGGCAGAGGGAGUUCCCAAAGUUCUUCACUUUCCGAGCUCGGGAUGAGUUUGCUGAAGACCACAUCUAUCGCCACUUGGAGCCAGCGCUGGCUUUCCAGCUGGAGCUGAAUCGCAUGCGCAACUUCGACCUGACCGCGGUGCCAUGUGCCAACCACAAGAUGCACCUUUACCUGGGUGCUGCCAAGGUGGAUGAAGGCACUGAAGUCACCGACUACAGGUUCUUCAUCCGUGCCAUUGUCAGACACUCCGAUCUGAUCACCAAGGAGGCCUCCUUCGAGUACCUGCAGAACGAGGGCGAGCGGCUGCUCUUGGAAGCCAUGGACGAGCUGGAGGUGGCCGCCAGCAACACCAGCGUCCGUACCGACUGCAACCACAUCUUCCUCAACUUUGUCCCCACCGUUGUGAUGGACCCAUCCAAGAUCGAGGAGUCUGUGAGGUCCAUGGUGAUGCGGUACGGCAGCCGCCUCUGGAAGCUGCGAGUCCUUCAAGCGGAAGUGAAGAUCAACAUCCGCCUGAUGCCAACAGCCCAAGCGGUUCCCGUCCGCCUCUUCCUCACCGACGAGUCCGGAUACUACCUGGAUAUCAGCCUCUACAAGGAAGUCAGCGACCCCAGCACAGGAAGCAUUAUGUUCAACUCCUACGGGGAGAAUCAGGGGCCCAUGCACGGCAUGCUGAUCAACACGCCCUACGUCACCAAGGACCUGCUCCAGGCCAAGCGCUUCCAGGCCCAGUCGCUGGGCACCACCUAUGUCUACGACUUCCUGGAGAUGUUCCGGCAGGCUCUGUUCAAGCAGUGGGGAUCCACUGAGGACGUCAACCCCACCGAUGUGCUGACUUACACGGAACUGGUGCUGGAUGCCCAGGGGAAGAUGGUGCAGCUGAACAGGCUGCCGGGAGGAAAUGAGAUCGGAAUGGUGGCCUUCAAAAUGAAGCUGAAGACCCCCGAGUACCCCAAGGGCCGUGACAUUGUGCUCAUCAGCAACGACAUCACCUACAAGAUCGGGUCCUUUGGGCCUGCCGAGGAUCUCCUUUUCCUGCGGGCAUCGGAGCUGGCCCGUGCGGAGGGCAUCCCACGGGUCUACAUUGCAGCCAACAGUGGUGCCCGCAUCGGGUUUGCUGACGAGAUCAAGAGCAAGUUCCAGAUAGGCUGGAUAGACCCAGCAGAUCCCUACAAGGGAUUCAAGUACCUGUACUUAACACCUCAGGAUUACACGAGGAUCAGCUCCAUGAAUUCUGUUCACUGCAGGCAUGUGGAAGAGGCUGGUGAGUCCAGGUAUAUCAUCACUGAUAUAAUUGGGAAAGAGGAAGGCUGCGGGGUGGAGAACCUAAGAGCGUCGGCCACCAUCGCUGGGGAGUCUUCUCUCGCCUAUGACCAAAUUGUCACCAUCAGCAUGGUCACCUGUCGAGCCAUUGGGAUUGGGGCUUACCUGGUGAGGCUCGGCCAGCGAGUGAUCCAGGUGGAGAAUUCCCACAUCAUUUUGACUGGGGCCAGCGCCCUGAAUAAGGUCUUGGGCCGGGAAGUCUACACCUCUAACAACCAGCUGGGUGGAGUGCAGAUCAUGCACAACAACGGUAUCUCCCAUGUGGCCGUCCCGGAUGACUUCGAAGGCGUUUACACCAUCCUCCAGUGGCUCUCCUACAUGCCCAAGGAUCAUCAUAGUCCGUUGCCCGUUAUCCCUCCAAGUGACCCCAUUGAUAGAGAAAUUGACUUUGUCCCUUCUAAAGUCCCCUACGACCCCCGGUGGAUGCUGGCGGGGAGGCCCCAUCCGACUGUGAAGGGAUCUUGGCAAAGUGGUUUCUUUGAUCACGGAUCAUUUGCAGAGAUCAUGCAGCCCUGGGCCCAGACUGUGGUAGUUGGUCGAGCCAGGCUGGGAGGAAUCCCAGUGGGUGUGAUAGCUGUGGAGGCCCGGACAGUGGAACUGGCUAUACCAGCUGAUCCAGCCAACCCAGAAUCAGAAGCAAAGAUCAUCCAGCAAGCCGGGCAGGUCUGGUUCCCAGACUCCGCUUUUAAAACUGCCCAGGCCAUCAGGGACUUCGACCGCGAGCACCUUCCCCUCUUGAUCUUCGCCAACUGGAGGGGCUUCUCUGGUGGCAUGAAAGACAUGUACGACCAGGUGCUGAAGUUUGGGGCGCACAUUGUGGACAGCGUUCGGCAGUUCAAGCAGCCGGCUCUCGUCUACAUCCCCCCACACGCUGAGCUGCGGGGAGGCUCGUGGGUGGUGAUUGACCCGACCAUCAACCCUCUCCACGUGGAGCUCUACGCAGACAAAGAGAGCAGGGGGGGCAUCUUGGAAGCAGAAGGAACCGUGGAGAUCAAGUUCAGGAAGAAAGAGCUGCUGAAGACCAUGAGGAGGAUCGAUGUUACCUAUGCGCGGAUCGCGCAACAGCUGAGUUCUCCAGAUCUCUCCCAGGGGGAGCGCAAAGAAUUGGAGAAGCAGCUGAAAAGGCGAGAGGACGACCUCCUGCCCGUCUUCCACCAGGCGGCCGUGCACUUUGCCGACCUCCAUGACACCCCGGGGAGGUUGCAGGAGAAAGGAGUGAUCACAGACAUCCUUCAGUGGAAGGAGAGCCGUGCCUUUUUUUACUGGCGGCUGCGGAGGCUGCUGUUGGAGGAGGGGGUCAAGGCCGAGAUCCUGAGUGCCCACAGCGAGCUGAGCAACAGCCACAUCCAGUCCAUGAUGAGACGCUGGUUCCUGGAGACCGAAGGCGCCGUCAAGGGUUACCUGUGGGACAACAACCAGGUGGUGGUGGCAUGGCUUGAGAAGCACCUGAGUGAAGAGGACGGGGCAAAGUCGGCCAUUCGGGAGAACAUCAGAUACCUGAAGCGCGAUUACGCCCUGAAACAUAUCCGGAACUUGAUAGAGGCAAACCCGGAGGUUGCCAUGGACUGUAUCAUUCACAUGACCCAGCACAUCACAAGCGCCCAGAGGGCUGAGGUGGUUCGCCUCCUGGCAACUAUGGACAAUCCUUCCCCCUCUUGACUUGUGCCCCUGGCAGUAGGAGAGAUUACCAGCCCCCUGAAAAGGGAAGGAGACGGCAGUGGUAAACCAUCCCAGUUUGUGAGCUCCGUCUGGCUGCAGCUUUGCAGCACGGCCCUGGUUUGUCCUGGAUUAGGGUGGCCAGAGUCUCCCAGCUCCCAGGAUCUGCUCUCCUGCCACACUCGGCGGCCUGUAUUUUCCCCAACCGCCUGUGUGCCCACCGCAUAAUGUCCAAGGAAAAUGUUUGCACCACUCAGUCUAGAAUGUAUGUUUAAAGUAAGUGCAUUUUCAAUUAUUGCCCAGGGUUAUCUGUUGAGAUAAGGAAUUCUCUUUCACAAAACCCCUCAGGACACGCUUUUUUUAAAAUAUGCAUUGGUGGGUGAGGGGUGGGAAAUGUCAGUAUCUACCACCCAGCCAAUACUUGGGAAAAUUUCCUGAUAGGCCAGAGAGACAGGAGGCUGCUUUGCCCUCCAGCACAGCUGUCUAGAUUAGCCUGCCCACUCCCUGGAAGCCUUGGAGAAGGGGGGCAUUUCUGACUGUCGGCCUUAGGAAGGAGCUUCUCCCUUUCUCUCUUGGAAAGGUGAAAACAAAAGGUUCGCUCCACUCCCCUACAAGCAAGGUAUUUGGGGUUCUGUCACAAGUCCCCCCUUAUUGUUUCUUCAGAAGGAAAGGGGAGGGGGCUCCAUCCUCAUUCCUAACUGGCUGAGAUGUCCGGUAGAUGUGAUAUAAAUGGAGAUAGUGGUGCUAUUUAUUUGUGGAAUGAGUGGACUUUGCCAGAGGCGAAAACAAUCAAAACACACUUUUAAAGAGAUAAAUUAUCAGCAGGCCGAAAGUAUAAUGGGCUGUGAAACAUCAGAUGCACAAAACACUUUAACACGCACACACACACACGCACACACGCACACCCAGUCUUUUCUGAAGGAGACCUGGGACAAAGGAGGUGACAGCUGAAGGUAAUUUACAUUGUCCGGCAUAUCUUUGCAGGCCGGAGUUCUUGGCAGGUCUACUAAUCCUUCAUGGGAGUGGGAUUGUCUCUCUACCUCUGGCAUUAAUGCUUGAGUGCGUCUGGUAUGGGACGGGGCUCCCCCCCCCAAAAAAAAAAAAAAAAAAAAAGAAAAUAGGGUUAUAAACUCCUUUUUCAGGGGAAGAGGAAUCACUUAACAAAAUCUUGCAUUUUCUCUUUGGGAGAGCUGUUCAUAAAUCUGUAUUCUCAGGGAAGGGAGGCCUCAAAAAGCCACUCCAAAAAGUUGUUGUUUUUUUUAAGAAGAACAACUCUUUGACUUUUGAUAGACUUCAACGUUUGUUUUAUCUUUUGUGAGUUGGAGAUUCAUUAAAGUAGUCUUGGUUUUCUUAA